CAUCUCCCAAGGACAGGAAUGUUCCUGGAUAGUCCCUGUUCAAUGUGCUUCCAAUUCCACAGGUUCCACGUGGAUAAACUCUCCUCUGCCCACGUGUACCUGCGGCUGCACAAGGGCCAGACCAUGGACGACAUUCCCAAGGAAGUGCUCAUAGACUGUGCCCACCUGGUGAAGGCCAACAGCAUCCAAGGGUGCAAGAUGAACAACGUGAGCGUGGUUUACACCCCCUGGACAAACCUGAAGAAGACGUCGGACAUGGACGUGGGACAGAUCGGAUUCCACAGGCAGAAGGAUGUGAAGGUUGUGACUGUGGAGAAGAAGGUGAACGAGAUCCUGAACCGGCUGGAGAAGACGAAGGUGGAGCGUUUCCCGGACCUGGCGGCCGAGCGGGAAGCGCGGGAUCGGGAGGAGCGCAACGAGAAGAAGGCCCAGAUCCAGGAGAUGAAGAGGAGGGAGAAGGAGGAGCUGAAGAAGAAGAAGGAGCUGGAGGAGCUGAGGAGCUACUCCUCCCUGAUGAAGGCAGAGAACAUGUCCUCCAACCAGGUGAGUGAGAGCUGCUGAUCCCACGGAAUCCCC